UGGAGGCCCAAGAUGGCGGCGCACUGGGAGCGUAACAUUUGCGUUUCUAGGGUCUUCGCGCAGCGGGUGGUUAAGACUCUGGGGUUGUAGAGGUCCACACUAUACUAGUCGCCUGGCAGGAACUUUGACUUCAGAGAUGGCUCUGAGUAAAUCAAUGCAUGCAAGAAAUAGAUACAAGGACAAACCUCCUGACUUUGCAUAUCUGGCAACAAAAUAUCCAGAUUUUAAGCAACAUGUUCAGAUAAAUCUGAAUGGAAGAGUGAGUCUUAAUUUUAAAGACCCCGAAGCAGUCAGAGCUCUGACUUGUACUCUGCUAAGGGAAGAUUUUGGACUUUCUAUUGAUAUUCCACUGGAGAGACUGAUUCCUACAGUUCCCUUGAGACUCAACUAUAUUCACUGGGUAGAAGAUCUGAUUGGUCAUCAGAACUCUGACAAAAGUACCCUCCGAAGAGGAAUUGACAUAGGUACUGGGGCAUCCUGCAUCUAUCCUUUACUUGGAACAACCUUAAACGGCUGGUAUUUCCUUGCAACAGAAGUAGAUGAUAUGUGCUUCAACUACGCAAAGAAGAAUGUGGAGCAGAAUAACUUAUCUGAUCUUAUAAAAGUGGUUAAAGUACCACAGAAGACACUCCUGAUGGAUGCUCUUAAAGAAGAAUCAGAGAUAAUUUAUGACUUCUGCAUGUGCAACCCUCCCUUUUUUGCCAAUCAGUUGGAAGCCAAGGGAGUAAAUUCUCGAAAUCCUCGAAGACCCCCACCCAGUUCUGUAAAUACAGGAGGAAUCACAGAGAUCAUGGCAGAAGGAGGUGAAUUAGAGUUUGUUAAAAGAAUCAUCCAUGACAGUUUACAGCUUAAAAAAAGAUUAAGAUGGUAUAGCUGCAUGCUGGGAAAGAAAUGCAGCCUGGCUCCUCUGAAGGAAGAACUUCGCAUACAAGGGGUUCCUAAAGUCACCUAUACUGAAUUCUGCCAGGGUCGGACAAUGAGAUGGGCUUUGGCUUGGAGUUUUUAUGAUGAUGUAACAGUACCAUCACCACCCAGUAAGCGAAGAAAACUAGAGAAGCCAAGGAAGCCCAUUACAUUUGUAGUCCUGGGGUCUGUGAUAAAAGAACUAGCCCUCAAAGCGUCAUCUCUGGGCCCUGAGACAGUGGAAGGCAUUGUGGUUGUGACAACAUGGAUUGAAAAAAUCCUCACCGAUCUGAAGGUCCAGCAUAAACGAGUUCCCUGUGGAAAGGAGGAAAUCAGCCUUUUCCUAACAGCCAUAGAAAACUCCUGGAUUCACUUAAGGAGGAAGAAAAGAGACCGAGUGAGACAACUGAGAGAAGUGCCCCUAGCUCCCAAGAAUGUGAUCGAAGCCCUGGAAGAGAAAAAGUCUUCCCCCAAAGAGUCUGGCAGUAGCCAGGAUGUGGCCCAGGGCCCCCAGGAGAGUGCCCUGGGGGGGCCUGCUCCACCAGAAGGCGAGUCUGCCACUGUGGGGGGCCACGGCCCCAGCCAGGACGCGCUUUCUCAGGAGGAAAACCCAGAACCCACGGAGGAUGAAAGGAGUGAGGAAAAGGGGGACAUGGAGGUUCUGGAAGGUUGUAAAGGCUCUAGUAAUGGAGCCCAGGACCACGAGGCUCCUGAGCCCUUCGGCAGCCCAGUGUCUGAAAAAGGGAACCAUCUCCAAGGAGUGGCUGGACGUUACUUAUUCAAGUGUCUGAUAAACGUUAAGAAGGAGGUAGAUGACGCCUUAGUUGAAAUGCACUGGGUUGAGGGCCAGAACAGGGAUUUGAUGAACCAGCUUUGUACUUAUAUACGUAACCAAAUUUUCAGGCUUGUUGCUAGUUAACUCCAAAAUUCUCGCACAGUUGGGAAAGUUCUGUAAAGCAGCUUGCUUUGAAGAGUGGCCUGGGGUGGGGGUGGCAAGCUGAAUUCCAUCAUUAGCCCACUGUAACAUUAUGUGGAAUUGUCUUAAAAAAACCAGCAGAUGAGUCCAUUUUUAAACAACCCCCUCCUUAAAAAAAAAAACAAAAAACUACAGGGCAUUGUAGUAUGGUAAUUCAGAGAAAGAACUGUGGUGAUCAGCAUCAACAGAAUGCCAUUGGUAAACUCAUAAGGGAUUUAAACGUGACUUAAGCUGAUCACCUUGACUUCAGACUGGUUUUCUGAGGCCAAAAGGAUUAUUUUUGCACUCUGAUCCUGGUCAGAACCUAACAGUGCAUCCUGCCUUCUGUGUCAGCCUUGGUUGCUUCCUGAGAAGGGGUGACUUUCUCACCCCUGCCCUCCUCCCCCUCCACGCCAUGGAGGUGGUAUACUAGGGCAGAUAGCCCUAUACCCUCUUCUAAAGUCACUUUCAAGACUAAAAACUUCGGGUAUAUACGAUUGAUGACCCCUGUGUCAGUCCUGAGAAAGGAACUAGCCUUUUGAGAGUCAGGGAGAGAAAGCUCAGUAAUGCCAGGAAGAAGGCCUGAUCAGGGAGCGCCUGGGAACAUCGGAGACAAUCGGCACAUUCCUGACUCUUGUCUGUUUUGGAUGUUGCUUGUUUCAGAAACAGAAUUAGGUAAGCAAAACUGCCGGAUGUAACUGCGAUGCAGCAGAAUGAAGCCAUACCCGUGCCUCCAACCUAUUUAAAGAACUGUUUUGUAGCAGUUUGACUGGUGUGGAUUUUUUUUAAUUUGUUUUGACAUUUGAAGUGGAGCUAAUAUAAGAGUAUUCAGAAUUGAAAACUGUCAGUCCUGUUUGAAUCCUGGGGUCGGGGAAGAUCCUCUCUUGGCUUUGGAUGGGUGAGUGAUUGGUGACGAAAAUGAGAAAUGGAGCAUGAUGUACUUACAUGUAGUGAGUUGCUUAAGAAAGUCCCAACUAUUGGCAGACAAGUUAUCGCUGAUAAGAGAUGGUUUUGGCAGGGGAGUUUGUAAUCCCUUCUGUGUUUACCUGUUACCACUGGAGAAUUCUGAGGCCAGGGUAACUGUGUUCUUAAAAUAUGUUUCUAAUUGUGGUGUUAGGGCUCAGCAGGAAUACCUCUGGGAAAGGCGUCUCUUUUUUGUCCUCUUGGUGUCUCGGUUACCCUCUGCUGUGCUUGACUUUAACUGCUUAAUUUUAUACCAGCAGCCGAGGGUUCUAUUUAUCCUGAAAUUUUUGAGUAUGGUGCCACUGCUCCUCACUGUCUGCAAAGAAGACUGCGGCGGAGUAGUUAAGCCACAUUUUUGAAAGGUGGCUGUUGGUUGGGGCAUAAAACUGAUGACCUUGGCAUACUUUGGCAGCAGCUAGACCAGUCCUUCUAGAGAAGGCAGUGGCAACCCACUCCGGUUCUCUUGCCUGGAGAAUCCCAGGGACGGCGGAGCCUGGUGGGCUGCCGUCUAUGGGGUCGCACAGAGUCGGACACGACUGACGCGACUUAGCAGCAGCAGCAGGAGACCAGUCCUUCAGCAAAGAUACUGGAAACGGAAAUAGGACCAUAUCAUACCUCCCCGUGGCAGUGGAGACAGAGCUGCAGCAGAGAACGUAUGAACCAGCCCGUGUUCUAGCCUGGUCCAUGGACCUCUUGAGAGCCCAGAGCCUCCUGGGCUAUUUUCAGAAGCUCUGUGGACAUGUUUGGGUUUUUUCCUGGAGAGAAGGUUCCCCGACUUAAGAGGAGCUACUGACUCACUGGGGGUUAGGAACCGCUAUGCUGGUUCAGCCUCGACUUUGACAGGAAAAGGAAACUUAAUGCCCAGGGUCCCACAGAGUCCCAAGAUUCAGCACAGGGCCUUGAAUUCUGGUGGUCCAGUCAUCUCCUCCAUCCACCCACACCAUCCUGCUCUCCUCACCUCUUAUGACACAUUGGAGUCGUAUGCUGGACCUAAGGCUAGUUUCUAUCUUGAUCAAAUUUUAGGAUAAGUGAGUUAGGUAACAACUCUUCACUCAAUAAAGUCGUCACUGUUUGCAUGUUUGUUUCACUAUAAAGGAAUAGUACAUGCUCAUUAAGGAUUUGGAAAGAUGAAAGGAGAAAACAGCUUCAGUCACCCCUCGUCUCAACCUUCAGGAGCAUAGCCACUGUUGAUAUUUCAGUGUUUCCUUCUAGUCACUAAUCUCUCUCUGUAGAUGGGGUGUGUGAGUGUGUGGGUUCCACUUUGGUUGUGUUCAUUCUGUAUAUUCACCUUACGCUUUUUUCCUCCAUGUUGUCACAGGAGUGUAUUAUUUAUACUCCUCACUUGUUCACAAUGUAUUUCAGCCUUUGUUAACUCUAGUACUUAGAGAUUCCCAGAGAAUCCUCUGUGGACCUGGAAGCACAGAAGAGGUGUCUUAUGUCUGUGUAUGUUUGGACCCCAGGUUUGAGGCCUGGUGCAGUGGAAGGUGUUUUAUAGUUUAAGCUGAUGCUCUUAGAAUUUAAGAAGUAUGUGAUGACAGAACCUUCCACUGCUGGAACUGUGAGUAAGUGCCAUUUUUGCAUUUGUGUGUCUUCAGUUCCUUCUCUGAGAAGAAUAGUUUAUUUCCAUCUAAUGAAAGAACAUUGAAACAUUUUUAAAAGACAUUUAAAAUCCUUUCAGUUAUGCAUAUACUUUAUAAUUGUGUGAUAUGGGAUAGCCUACAGCUCUGAUAAAAGGGGAAAAUGAAAUUUUUUUUUUUAAAAGAAAUAGAUUACUGACCUGUGUGUCAUAAUGUUGAGUGAUAACUGCCUAAGUGUCUGGAGGUCAAGUUCAUGUUGAUGGAUUGGUAUGAAAUUCAGUCUUUGUGGUAUUAUCUUAAAUUCUGUUCUGGUCCCUGGCUGGGCGUCUGAUUUCUUGAUAACCAAAGUGGGAACAGAAGCAGGACUUGUUUUCCAAGGAGGGGAAUAAGCUGCUUUUGUUCUUUGGAAUCUGCUUUGCUUCCAGCAGUGGGUUCCUUCACCCCACAUCCUUGCCCAGCUAUUCACACACCAGAGCAUCACUGCUUGUCCUUGCAGGGUCGGUGUCUCUGUGGUGGAGUUUAAGCUAAUCUUAAGGGAGUGUGUGGAUGAUAUAUACUUAAAAUGUUAGUAUGUAUUUUUAAAAACAUAAAACCUGUCAAAAGCUUACCAUAUGAGUACAUCAGCUUCUAAGCUCUGACGUGUAGUAAAAUUGCAAGGGGUGGAAGAGAUGCAAAGGCCUUUAGAAAAUUCUAGGCCUCCUCAAAGAAGCCCCUCCUUCUUACUUAAACCCAGGUGUUUUCCACUGCGGCCACACGAGGGCGUAUUUGGCUUUUUUAUCAGCUCCACGGUGGGCGUGGAUAAAAUUAUGUCCUUGGUAUUUUCUUGAAAUAUCCAGUCACUACUCAGACAAAUUGGAGAAGGAAAUGGCAACCCACUCCAGUAUUCUUGCCUGGAGAAUCCCAUGGACAGAGGAGCCUGGUGGGCUACACAGUCCAUGGGGUCGCAAAGAGUCGGACACGACUGAGUGACUGCCAGGCCAGACUCAGAUAAAUAUUUUUAUGUAAGCAAGUACAUUUUUAUGUUAAAAAACUUAGAGAGAUGAAAGAAAGUAGGAGAAACUCACCACCCUGUGGUCUGGGCAUAAGUUUUCAACCUUUUUAUGUUUCUUUAUGGUUCCAGAUGAUUUAAAAAAUUUUUUUCUUUCCACCUGUCCUACUACUAUAAAAUAUACCCAGGCUGUUUUAGUCCUUUGGAUCAACUUUUUAUUGGCCUCUAGUUAAUGGGGGUGCUGGAGGGGGAUGUUUCAUGAUUUUACAUAGUAACUUUUCUAAAGCUACUAUUUGUGUUGCAGGAAGAAUAAUAGAGCCUUAAGAAAGAAGCUGCUUUCAGCAUUCCUAAGGAGUGCUCUGAGAGAAGGAAAGUCCCAAAGGUGCAGCACUUUCACAGCCACAUCUCUUUUGGAGAAGUUGGCGCUCAGGAGAAUCAGUUUGCUGAAUGGGCAUUAAGCCCAGUAAAAACCCAGAGGAGGCUUACUAGUGAGGAUGGAUUGGCCUCUGCCUCCUGGAGCAGGGCGUUGAUGGUCUUGAACCUUCUCAUGCUCCCGGGUACAAACCUCUUGGUGCUCGUGCCAGCACCAUAUUAAGGAAACCUGUGGGGGGCUCACCCUGCGAGCAGUGGGACCUCACACACAUACCAGAGGGUUCCUGCUCUGCUCUGCAAAGACAUUCAGAUCCUCUGCUAUGACUCACCCAAAUGACUAAAACAGCAGUUUAUUUUUUUUAAUUGCUGGUUGGAACGGCUAAUGCUGCCUUUUGGAGGCUUUGCUUUUAUUGCAGGGGACCGUGUUGUGACUGAAGGCCUCGCGCCUCUGAAUGCUCUCUGAGGUGCAGCCUUUUCUCUGCCCUCUCAGCCCCCAGCAGAACCGUCAACAGAACCGGCAGACUGUCAGGGACUCUGGGCUCUCUUCAGGGAAGCGGGGGAUCACGGGUGCUGCUUAGGAGCCAGGGAACUGAGAUAAGGCGGAGUGGGCCAGAAGGUGCAGGGGCAUGGAAAACAAAGAAGGGCACGGACUUCACAGUUCAUCAGAGUCUGCAUUCCAGUUCCACUUACAGGGUCAGUCAUUCUCACUGAGGCUUGACUUCGACAUACAAAAGGUGCUGGAUUCUCACUUCCAAGAGUCCUAACAGCAGUUAAGUGAGAGGAAUACUAAAGCCCCUUGGAAGAGUCUAUAAACAAGGGGUAGGCUCAUUGCUUCUUAGUCUCUCUUGAAUUUUCAGUUUCUGGUCAGAACAUCUAUCAAGAGACUCAGGUGAAAAAGCCAGGACCUCAAGUGUUUCAGUGCAAGUAUAGAUUGCCACUCUGACUGAGAGCAGAAAUCCAAACUUUGGUGUAGUGGGAGGAUAAACGGAACCAAUACUGAUUGUCAGUCCUCUAUGUCAAUUGUCUGACUUAAUAACCUGGCAAAGAGGCAUGCAGUCCCUGUGUGGUUGUGUAAAUAGGUGGCAGCUCAGAGAGAGCUUAAAUGACUUGCCCUAAGGUUGUUUACAGGGACUUGACCUCAGGUCCGAGAUAGGAGACAGGGAUUUCUUUCUUUUUUUUUUUUUUCAUUUAUUUUUAUUAGUUGGAGGCUAAUUACUUCACAACAUUGCAGUGGGUUUUGUCAUACAUUGACAUGAAUCAGCCAUGUAGUUACAUGUAUUCCUCAUCCCGAUCCCCCUCCCACCAGAGACAGGGAUUUCAUACCAGUCUCAAGAUUCCUCACGAGUGCUACACUUAGGAUGGAAAUGGACUCCUAGGCCCCGUGGACCCAUCUCUAGGGAAGGAAGUUUCAAUGAUACGACACAGAGAAGAGAAAAUCAAGUCUUAACCAACUCUGCCAUUGAGCAUUCGAAGGUCAUAUUAUUUUCCAGCCUUUGAUCAAUGAGCAAGUUUUAAUAAAAUGAAAUUGCUUAUAAUUAGUUCUUAACUUACACUACCAAAUUUUUAUAGAAUUUUGUAUUUGGCAGUAGUACAGAUAAUUAAGUCGAUAGUGAAACCACAAUCUAGUGCAAGCACACAUUGGAUCAGAAUCAAUGUAAAAUAACUGAUAAUUAGGUAAUGACUCUUUGACAAUGCAUAAUUGUAUAAUAAGGGGAAGAAGGUUUUUUUAAUCUUAGGCAGCAUCAAAUAUUUCACUUACGGAAAGCAAAGCUGAUAGACUUUCAAAUCUUGCUACAGAAGGGUAACAGUCAUAAAAAACAGCAAGUCGCCUUCCCCAGGUAAGGGAAUGGACUGUGUGAAUCUGGAGAAAAGGAAAGGCUGCCUGCCAUCUGGUGGGAAUUCAAGGAGUGUGGCUGAGAGUGGAGGAAACAGAGCCAGGAAAUUCCCAGCUGGGGGAGCCUUGGCUGGCUCCAGCAGUCAGCCCGCCCCCAGGGGAAGCUGUCCUGCGAGCACUGCUGAGCCUGGGACAGUGGGUACCCUGCCCCGCUACGUGUGUGAUUCCAGUGGCUCCAUGUCUCUUGCUGGGAAGUGGGCAUUCCCAGUCUGGUCAGGAUCCCUAAUUGAAGUCUCUUUGUCCCAGGAUUUGCCUUCAGGGGGUCAGAUGCAGGGGCUUCUGGAGCAAAUGCUGGCCUCUUUUUCAUUAAUGGACACUCAUUCACAAAGGGAACUAUUUCCUCAUCUUCUACCCCAGGGGCCAGAUAAGAAGGGCUGGAGCUCCCACUCCCACUGGUGGAGCACUACUGCUAUCAAGUAACUUGUGUUCGAUGUCUGCUGGUUACUGCCGUGCAGAAGUAGCUGCCCAGUGAUGCUGGAUCUUAUUUCUUGAGGAAAGCCGGAAAUCCAGAUUUACGAGAAGUUUACUUGAUGGUAAAUCUUGACAACAAAUUCAGUAUUUUACAGAAACCUGGUCGACCAUCAGUUUGUGGCCUGUUCUACCACCAAGUGGUAGAACUUAACCUAAAUAUUUGCUGCCUCCACUCUCCUAACUCGUUUAUUUCAGCCACUGAAGUCUGGUUGCUGCUUCCCCACCUCUUUAAAGAGUUCUCACCUCGUAACAGGGAGAAUCCCGAAGAUUCUAGUAGCCAUGGGCCUGGUUUGUGCUUUUCUCUCACUCGUGGCCAACCUUAUCCACUCCAUGACUUUAUACUGCACUCCUGCAUUCUUCACAUGCAAAUCUAGGCCUUUCCUGAACUUUAACUUUCCACAUGCCUCACCUCCUGCCGGACAUCACCCCCGGGACCAUGGCUGUGCUAACUCAACUGAUCUGCACCUGCGUCUCCAGUAUUCACCACCAUCCAGCCGCCUGUCCAGAAUAGACAUCUCUGCUCCUCCCUCUCCUCCACCACUAGGGUCUAAAAAUCUUCCACCUGAGAAAGAUCCUCCCAAUUCCAGCCCAGCCUCUUCCUCCAACCCUGGUGCCACCACCUUAGUGCCCUUCUGCGUCUCUCACCUGGAUUGUGAGGGUCGCCUGAACCGUUUCUGGGGGGUUGCAGAGUUAAGCAGCAAGAAAAGCGGGUUGGGGAGAGGAGUGAAGAAACAAGAAAAACUAGGAUGGGAAGUAGACCCAGCGCCACCGGUCAAGUUAGUUGAGAUCAAGACUCGUGUGAGGCUCUUCCUGGUUAAGCACGCCAGAACUUUCCCCUGUUUAACAUAAUUUCAUUUUAUAAAAGCGAUGUUUUCAUUAGAAGAUAUUUAGAAAAGAAGGAAUAAAAGUUUUCAAUUCCACUACUCAAAUGGAGUUGUUUUACAUUUUGUUAUCGUAGCAUUUUUAUAUACAUGUAUAUUUUUAAACAGCAAAUGUGCACUCAGCGGUCUGUGUUACUGUUUCAUAAAUGUUUUCAUUCAGCAAUAUGUUGUGAUAACUUUUUCCUGGUUAUAGAAUUAACCUGUGUGUCAUAAACUUGUGAAAAUAAAAGUUACCAGAGGUUGCACUGCC